AUGACCAUCAAGAAAUCUGUUCGCCGGAGAUUCAUUCGGUCCAUCGCAUCUCCUCCUCCAGUCAUUGACGCAAGCCUUCCUCUAUCUCCCGAAGUCAUCGAGGCUCUCGACGCGCUCCAUCUGAUGACUCGAAGUUUGUCUGAAAUAUCUUCUUUCCAGAGUCGGUUGUGCAUUAUUGAACCCAACUGGUCUUGUAUUUGGUUGUGGUUGAAGGCUCUGUUACGUCCUCUUGAUGCCUUCCACGAUGGUCAAUCCAGAAUCAAAUCCCCAGAGUCCCUGGAAAUUCUUGGGAAGAUUUGGGUGUUCUCUUUUGCGCUGCGUUGGCCAUUGCCCGUCCAUCAGGCUACUACCCAAUUCCUUGUCAUUUUUUCUCAGAUCAUUGACGGUUCACGUAUAGUUUCUACGUGGUCAACUGCCGUCGCAGAAUCUCCCAGAUGGUCGGUGUCCUCGAAUCCGAACUCCCAGUCUUUGAUGGGAAACCAAGGCCUGAUUCUGGCUGCGACCGUAAUGUUUAUCCAGCCACUUCCGGUAAUUCAAGAGGUUGAUGUCAUACUAUCAUAUAUACGCCGCUUAUGGAAUCGAUGCUUGGAUGGAAUGCUGUUCUCCAAGAACAACGACAUCGGGAUAAACCUUCUCUUAUCUUUUGAAUACCUCGCCAGAUUCUUUUUGCGUUUGAUAUCUGGUGGUUCGAAGUGGAUCGUCAAAGCCUUGGAUUAUGGGCUAUUGUGUCUGUUGGUAAAGACACUAACCUCAGGAUCUCUGCCCACACUCUGCCAUACCACUAACUCAAUUCACACCGUCCUUGAGGACAUCAUCCAUCAACUACUCCUGAAUGUCAUCUUUAUUCCUGUCGUGCGAAGAGUGCGUCGUAACCUGUCGAAAGUGCGUAUUCAAGGCCUAGAAGAUUAUCUGGGCGUUGGAAGACUCCGGAAGCUCUGGUCAAUCUGCUUCGAAAAGAGUAUAGAGACGGUCUGCUCAAAUGAAAGUUGCCCCGGUAAUCCUUCGCCUGGUGUACGCUCGAAAUUAUGCGGUGCCUGCCGAGCGACAGCAUACUGUUCCAAAUCUUGUCAGAAACAAGACUGGCAAGCGGGACACAAGAAAUCCUGCAAGAAACAGUUCAGUAAGGUCGCUGCCUUCCUAUAUCUAAACACGCUCACCUCUUCACGCAUUGUGAUAGAAUUUGACCUCACUACCUAUCCCUGGGAAUGGACGGUAUUGGACCAAGUGUCAUCUUCCAAAUUGAGCUCCCUGUUUGCGGACUUUCCGAACGAGCAGGAUACAGUGAUUGGAUUACGCAGCUCAUCCGGUCUGCCGUUCGACUUUGUUAGACCCUGCUCACAGACUCGAGUACAGCAAUGUAUUGUGUACGAGAUCCGCCGUUGGCCAACAGUCCAGCGGGGGACGGACGAUGACCAGCGCGUCUCUUACGGAGGGAGGGUCUUUACGCAAUUAUAUCAUACCUUACUCCAGUAG